AGAACAGUGGAGCUUUCUGGGUAAAGAUGGACGUCCACGAUCUCUUUCGCCGGCUCGGCGCGGGGGCCAAAUUCGACACGAGACGCUUCUCGGCAGACGCAGCUCGAUUCCAGAUAGGAAAAAGGAAAUAUGACUUUGAUUCUUCGGAGGUGCUUCAGGGACUGGACUUUUUUGGAAACAAGAAGUCUGUCCCAGGUGUGUGUGGAGCAUCACAAACACAUCAGAAGCCCCAAAAUGGAGAGAAAAAAGAAGAGAACCUAACUGAAAGGAAGAGGGAGCAGAGCAAGAAAAAAAGGAAGACGAUGACUUCAGGUGAACGAUGAACUAUACAUCCAUACAAUGGAAUACUACCUAGUAAUAAAACGAAAUUGCUUCCCAAGAAGAAGGUGCUACUAUACAGUGGAUGUCAUCUGUAGAAGCAAAGAUUGAAGACAAAAAAGUUCAGAGAGAAAGUAAACUAACUUCCGGAAAGUUGGAGAAUCUCAGAAAAGAAAAGAUAAACUUCUUGCGAAAUAAACACAAAAUUCACGUCCAAGGAACCGAUCUUCCUGACCCAAUUGCUACAUUUCAGCAACUUGACCAGGAAUAUAAAAUCAAUUCUCGACUACUUCAGAACGUUCUAGAUGCAGGUUUCCAAAUGCCUACGCCAAUCCAAAUGCAAGCCAUCCCAGUUAUGUUGCAUGGUCGGGAACUUCUGGCUUCUGCUCCAACUGGAUCUGGAAAAACAUUAGCUUUUAGCAUUCCUAUUUUAAUGCAGCUGAAACAACCCGCAAAUAAAGGCUUCAGAGCCCUGAUUAUAUCACCAACACGAGAACUUGCCAGCCAGAUUCACAGAGAGUUAAUAAAAAUUUCUGAGGGAACAGGAUUCAGGAUACACAUGAUCCACAAAGCAGCAGUGGCAGCCAAGAAAUUUGGACCUAAAUCAUCUAAAAAGUUUGAUAUUCUUGUGACUACUCCAAAUCGACUAAUCUAUUUAUUAAAGCAAGAUCCCCCCGGAAUCGACCUAGCAAGUGUUGAGUGGCUUGUAGUAGACGAAUCAGAUAAACUAUUUGAAGAUGGCAAAACUGGGUUCAGAGACCAGCUGGCUUCCAUUUUCCUGGCCUGCACAUCCCACAAGGUCCGAAGAGCUAUGUUCAGUGCAACUUUUGCAUAUGAUGUUGAACAGUGGUGCAAACUCAACCUGGACAAUGUCAUCAGUGUGUCCAUUGGAGCAAGGAAUUCUGCAGUAGAAACUGUAGAACAAGAGCUUCUCUUUGUUGGAUCUGAGACCGGAAAACUUCUGGCCAUGAGAGAACUUGUUAAAAAGGGUUUCAAUCCACCUGUUCUUGUUUUUGUUCAGUCCAUUGAAAGGGCUAAAGAACUUUUUCAUGAGCUCAUAUAUGAAGGUAUUAAUGUGGAUGUUAUUCAUGCAGAGAGAACACAACAACAGAGAGAUAACACAGUCCACAGUUUCAGAGCAGGAAAAAUCUGGGUUCUGAUUUGUACAGCCUUGCUAGCAAGAGGGAUUGAUUUUAAAGGUGUGAACUUGGUGAUCAACUAUGACUUUCCAACCAGCUCAGUGGAAUAUAUCCACAGGAUAGGUCGAACUGGAAGAGCAGGGAAUAAGGGAAAAGCAAUUACAUUUUUCACUGAGGAUGAUAAGCCAUUAUUAAGAAGCGUUGCUAAUGUUAUACAGCAGGCUGGGUGUCCUGUACCAGAAUACAUAAAAGGUUUUCAGAAACUACUAAGCAAACAAAAGAAAAAGAUGAUUAAGAAACCAUUGGAAAGGGAGAGCAUUAGUACAACUCCAAAAUGUUUCUUAGAAAAAGCUAAGGAUAAACAGAAAAAGGUCACUGGUCAGAACAGCAAGAAGAAAGUAGCUCUUGAAGACAAAAGUUAAAAACAGACUUUAAAAAUACUGUCCCAGAAAUGUAAUUUUAUGAUCCCAGCAUGAAUGUUAUUUUCAUGGAAUACUUGAAGUCUUACAGUCACCUGUACCAAACAUUUGAAAUCAACUACAAGUACAUGAGACUGGUGAUAAAUGAUCCUAAACUAUCAAGUCAGUUUCAAUUUGUAGGUGCCUUUUUUUUUUCCUGUAGAGAUGAGGGUCUCGCCAUGUUGUCCAGGCUGGUCUUGAACUCCUGACCUCACACAAUCCUCCUGCCUUAGCCUCCUGAGUAACUGAGAUUACAGGCACAAGCUGCUGCACCCAGCUCUGUAGGUGACUUUUAAAUGAUUAUACAAUGGAAAUAACAUUCAUUGACAUUUCUGUGGUUUGAAUCCAGAGAGAUACUUCUUAUAGAAAAACAAAUGUUGAUGCUAAAAAUAACACCAAAAUGUGGUGAACUCUUAAGGACUUUUCCCUUCAAGUGUGAAGGAAGGUGUGAUGAAUGCUGUGGAGAGGCAUCUGGAACAAAUUCAAAAUAAAGCCUUGACAUUAAA